AUGAUGGCCGAGGUGCACCAGUAUGAGGCUGAAGACCCCUUGCCGGCCCAAGAAGAUGCGGAAGCUUCUCCGGGUGAGGCGUUGGUGCCAGCACCGAAAAAGGAAAAGCUUUGCCAGCUUUUCCGCUGUGUCUGCAGCCCCGACCUGGCCGAUAGUGUUUCUUCUUUCCAGCCUUGCCAGCAGAAUCCCUGGACCACGCCUGCCUGGCGGCGGCUCACCUCCUCUGCUUGCAUUGAAAAGGUGUGUAAAUCUGCCAAUUUCGGUCCUACAUGGCAAGCCAUCAACACCUUGAAAGACAAAAACACACACCGGCGAAAACAUAGUUAG